AUGAACAACAGCCAAGUGAGCCUCGUCGCUUCGGAGGCGAGCAAUGAGGGCACAAAUGGUUUGAACCAGCCGACGGACGGAGCCGGUGGAAAUAUCGGCAUUUCUUCUUCGGUCCCUCAGCAUACCUCAACUCCGACAAACUUGUCGGGCUUGGUUUGCAAUGUGCACAGAACGACGGGUGAAGAGCCCCCAGGGUUGGUCGGCGCAACCACAACCAUACUCGGGGACAAACUGUACGUUUUUGGAGGUAGGGUACACUCUCGAUCGAAACCACAGUUGACCUCGGACCUGUAUGAGCUUGAUCUCAUCCGGCGGCACUGGAUCAAGGUUGAGGCGCUCGGAGAUAUUCCCCCUCCUCGAUACUUUCACAGCGUCUGCGCCCUUGGAGACUCAAAGCUGGUAUGCUACGGCGGCAUGUCACCUGUACCGCAUAGUAGAACCGCCAGCACCGGUCAACCAGCCAAGCCAGACGGCCAGCCCGAGGUCGUGGUCAUGUCCGAUAUCCAUAUCUUCGAUGUGCCCACGCGAAAAUGGACCCUGAUCUCGACCCCUGAAAACCCUCAAGGGCGGUACGCUCAUUGUGCGGCGAUCCUUCCAUCCUCUGCUGUCUUCACUUCUGCCAAUGCUCCACUCUCCGCCAUCCAGCACAACCCGCCAUCUUCCGACCCUCACUCCGGCACGCUAGGAGUGCAGUUGGACGGAACCGGUGGUGCAGAAAUGAUUGUCGCCGGGGGUCAAGACAGCAGUAACAGCUACAUCGAGCAGUUUUCCGUCUUCAACCUGCGCAGUCUAAGGUGGACAGGCACGACAGUGUGGGACCGCAAAUGUGGAGCAUACAAGAGCAUGGUCGCGCCAAUGACUGGACUGUCGGCAGAGCUGAUUGGUCGAGGGGUCCCGUUGGAUGAUCCCCAAGUCCAGAGAACUAGUUCGCGACCCGGCACAUCGAUGCUAAUAUACUCGAACUACAACUUUCUGGACGUUAAGCUGGAGCUGCAGAUCCGGUUACCCGACGGAUCUGUGACAGAGAAGCCCGUGACCGGGUCCGUGUCUCCGCCUGGCCUCCGCUUUCCGAAUGGCGGCAUCAUCGAUGGUCAUUUCGUGGUCAGUGGGACCUACUUGACCUCUUCAAAGCAUGAGUAUGCAUUAUGGGCACUGGACCUCAAGACUCUUACAUGGGCGCGGAUUGAUACAAACGGAUCGAUUUUCUCGCAAGGGAGCUGGAACCGGGGGGUGUUGUGGAACCGAAGAAAUACGUUUGUCAUUCUGGGAAAUAGGAAGCGAAGCUUGGUGGACGACUACAACCAUCGACGGAUCAACUUCAGUCACGUUUGCAUGGUUGAGCUGGAAGCAUUUGGCCUUUAUGACAACCCCAGGAAGGCGGCCCCCACCUCGGGCUACAUUUCAGUGUCUGCCCCGGCCAUUCCCCCAUCAAUGCAAUCGAGUCUGCUGAGUCAAGCAGCUGGCGGAAGACCGUACAACAGCACCGCCGAGCAACUCGGCCAAGCCGCUUUGAGUCUGGCGGAGCUGUCUGAUAUGGAGAUUGUGGCAUUGGGCGGAGAAAAGAUUCCGUGCAACUCAUACCUCCUCUCUCGACGUUGGGGCCCGUUCUUCAAUCAGUUGUUGGUCGAAUCCGUGUCUACUCACGAGAACGUCAGCCUAUCGGAUGGAGCGACACUGAGGCCAAGUAUGCGAUCACAUCCCAGCCGCAACUCUUCGCUGACCAUCACCCCGGCCGUGGCGAAUGGGCUGGCCGUGUCUGCGGUAGGAAGUGAUGGAAUUUUGGAUCCGCAAAGAUCAUUGAGUCGAUCCACGACCAGAACGCUAGUCGAGCUUCCAAACACGAUGAACAUACCGCCUUCAAGUCGGCCGAGAUCGUUGUACCUUCCUCACAUGGCUCCAACGAUCCACCUGUUGCUGCACUUUCUCUAUACGUCUUCGCUGCCCCCGGUCGGAUCGGCCUUGUGCACACCACACACACUCUGCUCUCUGUUGCAGAUGGCCAGACCUUACCAAGUUGAUGGACUGCUUGAAGCGACGGUCGAGCGAUUGCACGAGGUGCUGGAUGGGCGAAACUCGGCUGCAGUAUUCAACGCAGCUGCCAUGGCCGCAGGAGGCGGUCGAGGCCUUCAAGGUGCCGUCGGCAGCAACCUUGUCAAUAUGGGUCGACGAGAGAGCGAAGCCACUACCAUUGGAGAUGCGACUUUGGCCCUCGCCAGCAAGGCCAGCGGACUCAAACUUGCAACAAACUACGAGGAACCUAGCAAGAAGAGAGGGCAUGCGAAGUCGAGCUCGAUGGAUUCGGCUUCGACAGCAACUUCGGCUUCGACGUCGACUGACAUGUCCCGGACGGACACCGAGACUUCGGGACAGGAUGACAACGCCGAGAAGAACGGGCAUGGGGACAAGGACUCGCAAGAAAUAUGGACGGGCGAUGUAAGCUCGGUGAUUGGGCUUCAGAAACGGGGCCUACGAGGGUUGAUGGAAGGGCGGCGGUUGCGAGAGCGGGCAAAUACUGGAGGGACAGGCGGGGAGUAG